AAGCGGGACCUUCACUGCUGCACUGAGCAUGCCCAGAGGCUCCCUGAUGGACCCUCACCUCUGCUCUAAGCAUGCCCAGAGGCUGCAGGACCGACCCUCAUCUCUGCACUGAGCAUGCCCGGAGGCUGCAGGACCGACCCUCAUCUCUGCACUGAGCAUGCCCGGAGGCUGCAGGACCGACCCUCAUCUCUGCACUGAGCAUGCCCGGAGGCUGCAGGACCGACCCUCAUCUCUGCACUGAGCAUGCCCGGAGGCUGCAGGACGAACCUCACCGCUGCAUGAGCAUGCCCCGAGUUGAAUGGAUUGCAGCAGUCACUGUUGCUGCUGGGACAGCUGCCCUCGCAUACCUGGCUUACAGAAAGUUCUAUGUUAAAGAUCAUCAUACCAAGUCCAUGGUGAACCUUCACAUCCAGAAGGACAACCCCAAGGUGGUGCACGCCUUUGACAUGGAGGACCUGGGAGACAAGGCCGUGUACUGCCGCUGCUGGAGGUCCAAAAAGUUCCCGUUCUGUGACGGGGCUCACAUAAAGCACAACGAGGAGACUGGAGACAACGUGGGACCUCUGAUCAUCAAGAAGAAAGAUGCUUAAUGGACAGUUUCCAGGCAGCACCCCGGUGUCAUGAUGUCACCUGAUGGUUUAGUUAGAAGACACCCACUCUGGCUCACCACCUGGAUUCUAAAUGUGGUCCUUACAAACAGCAGCUUUCAAGGUCCUGGCAUCAGCUUGCUGUUGAAACAUCGUGGUGCACACUUGUUGAAACAAAGUGAAAAAGGAUAGAUCAACCUCAUGGCCUGUGGGUUAUUUUGGUCUUGGAAGGAUCGGUUUCUUUAAAUUUAAAAUAAUGGUCUUAGAAUAUAGCGUGUCUUGAGGUUAACAUAUUAAAUUAUUCUCAAAAUCAUGUA